UUGUAUGUAAGGGAAUGGUUGUAACACUUUUUAAAGAUGUGUUACAACCCACCCCACCCCUGUCAGCCAUUGUUUAGCUAGCUGUAUUAGCAUAGUGGUUUGAAAUUAGCAGGGGAAAAAUGCAUCACAUUUUGCCUGAGAAACUACAAUUUAAUCUAAUGUAAGUCAUAUGGUUUUAUGUACAAUAGUAUAAGUACUAAACAAAAUAUAGUCUUGGUCAAAAUAUUUACUUUCUUACAUCAAAAUCAGUUUUUUUCUCUAUAAAAUCUGCAUGCCCCUGUUUCAAACCUUGACAACCACCAUGUGGGAUCGGGGAGGAAGUGGGUAAACACUGAAAUGAUCAUAUAACUCCUAUCUUAUCCCUAAUUGGUGGAAUUGGUGGUGUUACAACUCUCCCCAUGUUACAACCAUACCUGGUCUCCCCUACUGUAUGUCAUGCAAGACAUGCGGGUAUCAUAGAGUUCCCAACCCAAAUCUCAUUUACCCCUACGUACUAUGCAUGUUUUGUUGUUGUUGUAAAGGUAAAAAAAUUGAUCAAACAUAAGCAGACUGUCUGACUAAAGUUGAACUUUAAUAUAUAUGUAAAUGCAUAGUUACCUCUAUGUCACUUGAGUCAAACUCAUGAACUGCGGAAUCCAAAUUUGGGCCUGCCAUGUCAUCUUAUGUCAGUCACUGGCGCUAAAGAUGAUUAUGGCUGUCUUAAAAUAAAAUAAAAAAUCUAUAAUAUAGAGUCUAUAUUACAGUUUUCUGGAUUGGUUAAAUGCAUGGCACGUAAUUCACAAUUGUUAUUCUCAAAUUUCAGUUCUAAUCAAGCGUAUGUUUUUACUAUGAACUACAUCUCCCAUCUCCUUCACAUCCUGGCAAGUUGAAAUAUUAACAUUUAAUCCCACAACUGGGGUAGUGGUGGCAUAGUGGUUAGAAUGAAUUUAGAAUGAAGGAAUGAAGGAGUACAAUAUGUCAGAAUUUUGACGACAAACAUUGACACAAUUGUGCAGAAUUUAGCCUCCAAGAAAAACAGCAUAUGGUUCAAGAAUGAAAUAGCAAACUGCAGUUGAAGCAGGGAAUGUUCACCAAAGCUACGGCCAUAAACGAAAAACAGUGGCAGGUAAAUCUAGCUUUAUUGCAUUUCGUUCAACAAAUAAUAAUCCUUUUUUGAUCUUAACUUAGACUGUGUUUUUAAUUUUAAAAUGGGUGAUUGGGUUUGACACACCUAACCUCUGCAAGUGACUGACAUAAUUUUUAAGGUAUAGCUGAAAAAUAUGGUUUUUUUUUAAAUAUAGCCAUUGCGAUAGCCAACAAUUUGCAUGUCCACUUUGUUCUUGUGCUUUGUCGUAGAUAUUUGCUUUUCAAUGUUGAUUUUCUCUUCCUUUUGGCUUUCUGCAGAUGAUACAGCUGACCAGCGUACCUGUCUUAUCUGUGGAGAUCGAGCUACAGGACUGCACUAUGGCAUCAUUUCAUGCGAGGGCUGUAAGGGCUUCUUUAAGCGCAGCAUCUGUAACAAACGUGUGUACCGCUGCAGCCGUGACAAAAACUGUGAAAUGUCACGCAAGCAGAGAAACCGCUGCCAGUAUUGCCGCUUGCUAAAGUGUCUGCAAAUGGGGAUGAACCGCAAAGCCAUUAGAGAGGAUGGCAUGCCAGGAGGGAGGAACAAAAGCAUUGGACCUGUACAGAUCACAGAAGAGGAGAUUGAACGGAUCAUGUCAGGGCAAGAGUUUAAGGAAGAAGCUCCAGACCACCCCUGGGGCAACAACGGCGACAGUGACCAUAGCUCCCCUAGCAAUGGAGCCUUAGAGGGCAACCAACCAUCACCUGCCUCUACUCUGUCAUCCAACCGCUCUGUGGAAAUAAGUGGCUACACAGCUGCUCUAAGGGACCAAUACAUCAAUACCUCUAUGUCAACAUCCUACCAGUUGUUACCUCACCUAUUCAACUAUGCUGCCCAGUCUUCCCUACUUGCCCCGCAACCCCGUGGCCUCUACCCCCAGUCCCACCCUCUGGUGAUGCAACUGGUGGCUGCUGAAGACCAGGCCCCACUGGCUACUCCCCUGCUCAUCGAGGAAGAUUACAAGGUGACGCAGGUGGAGCUAUUUGCCCUGCUGUGUCGCCUGGCAGAUGAGCUGCUCUUCCGCCAGAUCUCUUGGAUCAAAAAGCUCCCAUUCUUUUGCGAGCUCUCCAUAGAAGACUACACCUGCCUCCUCAGCUCCACCUGGCAAGAGCUCAUUUUACUGUCCUGCCUAACUAUCUACAGUGCCCAAAUCUUUGGCGACCUGGCUGACAUCACUGCCAAGUACACACCAUCUGAUGAUGAGUUGCAUGGUUUCAGUGAGGACGGGAUGGACGUCAUGGAGAGGUUGAUAUAUUUGUUUCGCAAGUUUCACCAACUGAAGAUCAGUAAUGAAGAAUAUGCCUGUAUGAAAGCCAUCAACUUCCUUAACCAAGAUAUCAGAGGCUCCAACUCCACCCAGCUAGAGCAACUAAACAAGCGCUACUGGUAUGUGUGUCAGGACUACACUGAGUAUAAGUACCCACACCAGCCCAAACGCUUCCCUGAGAUCAUGAUGUGUUUGCCGGAGAUCCGCUGCAUUGCAGGGAAGCUUGUGAAUGUACCCCUGGAGCAGCUCCCUCUCCUGUUUAAAGCAGUCUUGCACUCCUGCAAAUCCAGCCUGACCAGCUACAGGACUGGCCCCCUGCCCUGUGUGGCCACCUCUACUGGAAACUAGACAACCCAAAUCCCAACUGGAGUUGAGGGUUUGGUCUACCCUCUAGUGAAUGUGAUGAGCAGUUUGUUUUUUGUCACUUUUUCUUUAUAUAUUUAUUACAUGACAGAGCUGAAUGUAUGCUAAUUUACACUGUGCACAUGCACAUGUACAAAACAAAUGCUCAUAGAUGCAUUGGUCUUUGGAGUUUACAACUGUGUAUCCAAUUUGCUUGAUGUGUAAGUGUUGCCAUUAUUGGAACUAAACUUAAAAGAAGUUUACUUUAUUCAGGUGGGGCAGACAGACCACACAUGUUGUGAGUGUUGUGAGACUACCUCAGGAAAAUGUUAUGAUCCUAUGUAUUUUCAGGUACUUUUUAGCUGUUUAAUGAAGAGUGGCCCAGUCUAAGACCCUAAUUUCUGUGAACACCCUUAAUCAAAGACUGAAUGAUUCAAGCUACUUGAAGUAAUGACUAAAACAGUUUGUCCCAUUGAAAUGCAAUGUUAGUUAGCAACAAUGAGCUUUUUAUCUGCAUAGACUCUGAGUCACUGUGCAAAUGGAAGGUGAUCGUAUGAGUUUAAGAUUCCACAAGUUAAGGUGACAGAAGUGGGAUGGGUGGGAUUUAUGUCAUUUUAAAAGGAACAUAUGGGUAAUUUUUACAAUCAUAGCUUUUUGUUUUGUUUUUUUUUUUUCAAAAAAGUCUUAUGCAAUGCUUUUUAACGGCCAUUGAUAGGUAGGGAGCUGAUACCUUUUUAUAGAAAUUCUUAUCAACAAAGGAUAGGGAUAAGAAUUGAAUCUCUGCCGGAGGGCGAACCCUCUGCUACACAGAUGACCUUUUUUGGCAGAUUCCAUUCUAAAUACUCCUGAACAUGCACAUAUUCUUAUGCACACAUGGUAUAUGCACACAGAACAUUCAUCAUUCCCUUUUUGCUUUUCCUUUUGUCUCUUUUCACAUUGUCACUCGGGCUCUCCUGCAGUUGCUGCAAUUAAGCCCGUGUUAGCACAAUGCUGCUGACUAGUUAAAGUGCUAUUCCGUGUGAAGUGAACCUUUACGACUGACUUUACAACAAAAUCUGACAAUUCAAAACAAAAUGUUUAAAUUCAUUGUCUUGAUCAUGAAGUGAGAUUACAUUCUUUGGGACACAGAUGCUCACCACAUUUUAUUCAUGUGCGCAAGGAACAACUGUGGCUGUCCAAUGCAUGUGUAACUAGAUUCUGAUCAUUUGUCCAGCUUCAACCCAAUUUGUUGAAGGAAUCACAGGACAUUAAUCUGAUUCAGGACUUGCUAUAGCCAAUCAAACAUUUGCACAGACCCAAGAUCAGUCGUAGUUUAGGAUAAACCUACAGGAUGGCCCCAAGACUGGUUUAGGUUCAGUCACCAGUAGUUCAGUAUAUAAUUCAAAUGAAUGAAUAUAUGACACGUCCUCUAAGUCAACCAAAAGGCUUAGAGGAUUGUGACUCAAUAUGAUUAAUCUAUAUUUUAUGCAAUUCGGGUCAAGUUUAGAUAAUAUCCAUGACUACUACUUAGGGCUUUUAUUCCUACUGUGAAAGAUGCACAUUGAAUUUAAACCAUUUAUAGUGUAUCCUUAGUUCAGUGGUUCUUAACCUUGUUGGAGGUACUGAAUCCCACCAGUUUCAUAUGCGCAUUCACCGAACCCUUUAGUGAUGGCCAAGCGGGGGGUGUGUCAUCACAAAUCAUAUGAGUCGGGUGUGUGUCUUGUCCUCCUCCAAACCCCUGAGACUGACUUACCGAACCCCUGGGGUUCGAUCAAACCCAGGUUAAGAACCACUGCCUUAGUUCCUUUGAAGUUUUAGCCAAUAAAAUGCAACAACUCUCUUUUAGCACACAAUAGUGAGGUACAAUGGCACUGAACUUUGACCUUGCCACUCCGGAUGCAGUGUGUUUCUCUUAUAAGGUCUCCACUGAUCUGGAACAAAACAGGGUUAAGGGAGUGGUAUGUGUGGCAUUCAGGCGUUCCAUAGUGACUAUGCUGAUGUGCUUGUAGUAUUAUUAGACAUAGACAACAGGACAUUGUAGGUCCCCUUUAGACAGAGUGUAUUUUUUUCUUUGUUAGUCUCCCUGAUCCCCCAAACCCUUUAUGUAAUGAUCAUUGAUGUGGUGUUCAGGUAAGACAUGGGGGUGGAGUUUCUAGACCUUGGAUUGAUUAUAGAGGGGGCUAAUUAAGAAAUGGCUUUUUUCCCCCAAACCACACUGCGUUUUACAUUAUUUUUAUCCACCCGUCUGUGUGCAGCUUAGACUCAGGUCAUAUUUUUGUAUACAUAUAGGUACCAAUGGGUGUGUGUGACAUUAACUGUGUUAUCUAUGCUGUGUGAGAGAACCCCAAUACUUUAUUUCAGUGUGUGUGUCACACAAGUCUGACCCAAGGCACAUUCAGGCAUAUUCUUGUCACAUUUGUUUUGAUUGAAGGUGGAGGCCUAAAAGGGUAAACAGGUUGGGUGUGGCUGUUACCCCGACCCACACCUGGAGGACCCUUGGCUGAAGAAAGGCCAUUUAAAUUACAUACAGACACAAAGAAAGAAUGUAUGAAUGAAGCCUUAUUGCUGUAAGUCCAAUGCAGUGUUCCUUGUUUGUUUUUAUUUUGACUAUUUUCAUCUUUUCAUUUGUAUACAAGUUUUUGUAAUUUGGUUGUUUUUGAAUGUUAUGGGUUUUUGGUUGUUUUUCAUUUUUAGGAGUGAAAUCAGCCAUUGUUUUUGAUUUAAUUUUCAUUUUUAAAUGUUUUUGAUUUUAUUUCGUUGUUCUAAUUUCUUGUACUCUUGUCCACAAAGGAGAGCAAAGGAUAGCAAACAAAAGUAUUACUCAGGGCAUUCACAUUUUUUGUUUGAUUUUUUUAUUUUUUUAAAUGUUUAUUAUGUUUUUUAAAUUUCAUAGUGCCUAAAAAUACUGAAAAUAAACAAUUCUUUAUCAAUGGUUAUAACCAUUGUUCUCAGGGCAGAUGUAGAAAAUAUGAUGUUCUGCAUAAAGGUAUCAAAACAUAUGUGAUUGAAAGGCCACAAAAAUACACAACCCCCCAAAAAAUGUAUUCAUGUAUUACUCCCCAAAGACUAAAACAACCAAAUCUUUGAAUGAUGUGUUUGUACAGAUGCACUAAUUAACAUAACAUUUUCCUAACGAGACUAGAAGCAUGUAAUUUUAUUUUUUAAAAAUUACCUUGGGUGAAUAAUGCAGCAGUAUACAUCUGUCCAUUUCCCAUCUCUGGAUGUAAUUUUUGAACUCAUUUAUAGCUUGAACAAAUCAAAUCAAAACAACACACACACACACACAAACAACUUGAAUCUACAGACCCAAGUUUUUGUGAAGCAAAAAUAUGGCAUAAAUGGCAAAUCAUGGUACAAAAUUCUUGUUAUGAUGCCCAAAGCUUCUCAUUACAGUACGAUUUUUAUUAGAAAAACUCAUAUCUCAGGAUAUGGGGGAAGAAUGUCAGAAGCUUCUGUGCAAAACAAUCUUUUUUUCACUAAUGUUUAACAUUCUUAGCCAAUCUGAGAAGUAAUGACCUGUGCUUACUGUGGUCUAAAAUAUGUCCAGUGUAACCAUCAACAAAAUCACUUUACUCUAGGAUUGUGAUGAACAUCUGUCUGAAUGUGAUGAACAUCAAUCUGCUGAGAUCUGACAGUGGAAGAGAGAGAAAAAUUUAAAAAUCAGCAACCUCACUGUCACUGGUCUUUAUAAAUGUAAUACUCAAAUACUUUUUAAUUCUUUUAAAAUUCAGUUUUUUUUAUUUCAGUUGGUUCUUUUUUUAGACAACGGAAUUCAUUUACAAAUUUUCAACUGAAACUACCUCUAUAUUUGUCAAGUACUUUUAAAUCAGUUUUUUGUCUUAUUUAUUGGUUUCAUUGCACCAACGUUCUGUUAUUUUGUGUUUUUUAUUUGUGCAGUGAUCUGUUUGUUUUCCGAACCAGGUAAUGUUCCCUGAUUUUUCAAUAUGUAAACAGUUUUACUUACUCACACUGCAUGCUGCCAGUAAUAGCUUUGACUUUGUGUAGAAUCUGGCUGACCAAAAACUCUGUUUUAUCGAUUUUCUUCUUUUUUUUCUUUUGAUAAAAAUUAUAACUGCCUUUUAACAUUUUCAAAACAGUAAAUGACGUCCUUUAAUCCAACCAUUUCUGACCCUAGAGUUUUAAGACUGUUCGAGCAUUCACGUGAAACAUUCUUACGUCGCGUAUGAAGGGCUUUUAUUUUAACAUACUGACAGUUGAAGUUGUUUUUACAUUCUUGUAUUUUUUUCAUUGUUUGCAACCCAUUGAUUUGCUCCCCAUAAAUGACAGUGUGUGAAUUUAGUUAAAAGAUCUUUUUAAUUUUAUUUCUGCUCUGUGAUUGUUGUGCAUCAGCAGACUUUCAAGGAAACUGAUAAGAAUGAACCCAUUAUCAUAUCUUUCUCUAUACAGGUUGGGAUUUGUUUACUAUUCAGAGAAUGUGACUGUAGCCAAACUGAUAUCUCCUGUUUUACAUACCAUCGGUGUUUGCACAACCUUGAUGUAGUGGCACGAGACCAUUUGAUUGAUUUUUUUUAUUAUUAUCUGCAUAAUUUUUUUAAAUUUCUCCCAUUUAGGAUAAAUUACAAAUUAUACACUGAUUUCAUUCUAGGGAACAUGAAGGAUAGUACAGAUGAAACAAAGUUGAAAAUAAAAAUACAAUCACACUAUUUAUGUCUGCACACGUCCAGGUGCAGUACUAACACAAUAGUUUAAAACAAACAUUGUAAACAUUUUUGGUGAAUCCAGAAAAUUAAUGUAUUAACUUUUUUUUUAUCAACAGAAAUCUACCAACUAUAUUAUUUUGAAUGCAUAUUUAAGUCUUAUAUGCGUUUCAUAUAACAUUUUUUACCUUUGAAUAGUUUACCAUUUAAAUUUGUUUAUUUUUUUUUUGUCUGGUUUAUGGCCAUUAUGAGCUACUUGCAUCCAUUCCACAUAAAAUUCCAAAGAGAGAGUUCCGGAAAAUCAAUGUUAAACAUAAAUCUGCACCACUCUUAAAAAGGUUUAAUGUUUCUUUGGAGUAUCUGGUGAUCUAGAAGAAAACUAAAUGUCACUUUUAUUGUAAUUGGUAAUUUAUAGCAAUUGGAAAAGAAAAACAUUGAAAUAUUAGAAAAUGAUCUUAAGAUAUAUUUUUAGAUAUAUUGCAGACAUGGUCAGUACCACCUCAUAGGAGGAAUUCACUCAAAAAUUUCAUUGAAAAUAGGAAUGGAAUUAAGUUACCCACUACAAUAACCUGUGAUCAGACAAUGUAAAGUUUCUUCAAAUUUUUCCCCCCGCAAAAAAUCCUUUCUCUUCCCUUGUAACAUUUACUACCUGUGAAGAAUGUUUUAGAACUUGAAACUAAAUAAAUGUGAACAUUAUGCAAGUAUAAAAAGAUCA